CUCUCUUUUUGCUAAGCUCUUGCUGCUUGGUUUUCCUAACGAAAAGAGUGGAUCGCUUCGUCAGCACACCACCACAUACAUGCAUGCAUGUAUCUAGCUUUCGUACACCGUGCGUGCGUGUAUGUGUCGGUGUCGCCCCAUGAGUAUCAAUCAAUCCACACGUACCCCGGUGUGUGUGCGCGCGGGCGGGGGCUCCUUUGCUUGUUUUCAGUGACAGCUACUAGUUAAAAAUGGAUCUGAAUUAUGAACCCUGCCAAGUAUUCAUGUUUGACGGCUAUAAUUUACCAGUGUCAGUCACUGUGCGCAUAUGUUUCUGUUCAAGUUUGACUACUUACCGGUGAUCUUGGGCUUUGGAGUAAGACGUACUGACACUUUGGGUAGGGGCCAGGCCAUGAUAAAAGCUGCCAAAGCAUGCGAUCAUCUCUAGUAACUCUUGUCGGCUUUGCGAAGAAGGGGAGUAUUUACAACAGCUAGCUAGCGUGUCCUGCUAGUACUAAUUUUAAUUGACCAGUUUAACAGCACUGUCAGUCGCACGCAUUGCCCACACGGAGAAAUGCUGAAAAGCCUGCAGGGGCGGGGGGCACGGCCACCCAAUGGUCUAAAAACAACGUAGGCUCCUGCCAAAGCUGUCUGCUGCGGGAGGGGCAUCUCGUGCAGCGGAUGUACCCCAAAAUCCCAUGCCGAAAGGCCCAACCAAGUGAGACAUCAUUCCAUCAUUCCAUCCCAAUCCACGCCGCUGCAUCCCACUCCUCUCUUCACUUGCCCAACGUUUAUAAAUCCCCCACACCCUUCCACUACGGCUCUACCAGCUUCCUCCAGUACCAGUGCACCACUACCACCCUCCUUUCAUUGUUAUUUGUCCCAUGCAAGCUUAUAACCCCUCAAGGACAAGACGAGAAGAGCCAGAAGAGAAGUAUAGUAUGACGCAGAUGGAGCAGCUCGUGCAGCAGUGCGACAUGGAGGUCAUGAAGAUGGCCAUGCUCAAGCACGAGCAGACCUUCAGGCAGCAGGUUCAUGAUCUGCACCGGCUGUACCGAGUCCAGAAGCAGCUGAUGGGCGACCAGACCAGGCGCCCGUCGUCAGUGCCACCCUGCCGUCAGCGUCAGGUGCAGAGGCGCCGGCCGGAGCUGAGCCUGCAGCUCCCUGCCGACGACGACGAGGACGAGCACGCCGGCGCAGGCCGCCGCCUGGCGACGCCACCGUCCGGAGAAAGCGAGGACGAGCUGGAGCUGACGCUGGCCGUCGGCGGCCGCGUCAACCGGAGGCGGCGGGACGGCGCAACGCCCUCCACCACGGGCUGCUCCGGCAGAAGAAGCCCGCAGACGCCCUCCUCGUCGACCGACUCCGACGAGGCGCUCCGCACGGUGCCGCACCGCCGUCAGAGGGCGACGGCGUGUGAUCUCCGGGGAGGGGUCACGGUGAAGCAGCAGCAGCAGCAAUGGCUGGUGCGCUGUCUCAGCCUUAGGAUGGCUUGAUCGAUUUUACUGUGACUCUAGGCUUCUGCUGAGUUGGUACUGGUUUCACCCAGUGGUUUGCUGCUAAACUAGAUGGAUCACGAGUGUUUUUUUCAGCUUGAAUCUGACACUGGCACGUUCGUCAUUUGUUGCAAAUGAUACUCCGCGUCAACGGAAAAACGACCAGGGAGAAAAGGGGGGGUUGGCAGACUUGUAGCUGAAAGUAACGGCAGGCCACAUGAUAGCAGCAAACAAUGCCAUAAA